AUGGACCAGCAACUCACGUCAACCCAAAAAGCCAACCUGCACGAGAUCGCGGACCUCAUGCUAGAAAUUUACCAAACUCUGGCAAACAUGCGCUUUCUCAACCCAGCCGGAAUCAUUAAAGGCCCACAUAACACCGACAAUGCUCUUGAGUUGUAUCAGGAACUGGGAUUGGACCCUUCAAUCAUAUAUCUCUACAGCAUCCUGCCGUACAUCGAGAGCCCCCUUGCUGGCCAACCCGAUUUCUUUAAGGGGGGUAUCUUCACAGAUUUCCGCCGGCUAGAUGACAUAGAGGAAGGACGCGACCCGUUCCAUAUUUGUCCGGGUGACGAUGACUAUGAAGAUGAAGAUGGCCCGUAUAUGCGACCAUGGGUAACUCCCUUAUCAUUAUUAGGGAACCAUCAAAGCGUGAUUCUUUAUGAUGCGCGGCGGCAUCAGAUAUGGAUCAUCGAUCAGGAGAGUUGGAAUACAACUGAUCCUGCGUUGCGGAACAGUUCAGACCGUGCGGCUGGUGACGAAUAUGAAUAUGAUCCGCUGGUAUCGUUCAUUGGAGAUAAUGCCUGGUGGUGGGAAAAUAGCGGACGCGAAUGGGACAGUGACGAGCUUCCUUUGAGAGAGCUUUAUUCUAAGCAUGGCUGGCCGGAUAAUUUCAAUGGAGACGCGUUUGAGAUUGACCAACUUAGGCUGGUCGAGGAUGCUCAAAGACAAAAUGGCGAGGAUGCAACAUGA